AUGGAUGCAGGCGGUGCGGAGGAGCAACCCUCCGUCGAUGUCAGUACCAGAGUAUCACAAACGAAUGGCUGCAAGAUUUUGCAAGUGGGGGACAACGACGCAGCGGCCGAUUCUUUUGGCUCGUCAAUGUCUGCUGUCACCGAGCAGUCGGAAGCUUCAUCGUCAUUCGGUUCCAGCAAAGCCACAACCCCAAUAGAGAUCGAGCUCACAAAGCUCCAACGAGAUGACAAAGUUAGCCAGCGGCUUCUACCGAAAACCUACCACCGUGGCCACGAGCGACUAAGUUUUACCGUCCGACCCAAGUCAUCGAUCCCCACCGACAUCCCUGCUCACCAGCACGCCGCUGAAUGCCUUGAUGCUGCAGAGUCCUCUCGACUGAAUCCGUAUGCCUUGAAUUCUGAGGAAUAUCAUCUUUUGCGGCACCACAUAUCUCACAACCAGGUCACGACCUACCUCAACAUUAGAAACGCCAUCUUGCGUGUUUGGCUACAGAAGCCUUGGGCUAUUGUAACAAGGCAAGAAGCAGUCGGUUGUGCCAACGCAAGAUGGUUCGAUGCGGCCAAUGUCUGCUACGACUGGCUUGUCCGAAGAGGAUAUAUCAACUACGGCUGUGUCAAGCUUGCCGAUGUCUCUAUGAUGAAAAGUAGAACAUUGAGCCGUAGAAAGCGAAGGAAAAUCGCCGUCAUCGGUGCGGGUGUGUCGGGUCUGGCGUGUGCUAGACAGUUGGAAGGACUUUUCAAACAAUACGCGGAAAGAUUUCAUGACAUGGGUGAAGAUAUUCCGAAUGUUGUUCUACUUGAGGGACGAAGUCGCGUUGGAGGAAGGGUGUAUUCUCGAGAAUUCAAGACAAAGCUCAAUGAUCAAAGGCCAGAGCUCGAAGGUAAAAGACAUACAGCAGAAAUUGGGGGCAUGAUCAUAACUGGCUUUGAGCGUGGCAAUCCCAUCAACGUCUUAGUUCGGGGGCAACUCGGUCUACCGUAUCAUGCCCUGACAGCAGAAACCACCAUUUAUGACAGCAAUGGUAAACCUGUAGACCCUAUUCGAGACAAGCUAGUGGAAAAGCUUUACAACGAUUGCUUGGACCGAGUAAGUGAGUACAAGUUCAAAUCACAGCCGUCAAAAGUAAUCGAAGGCAACCGUGACCUUCUCUACGAGGGCCGCGACAGUCCAGGGGAUGGCAGCAAAACCAUAAUGCAAGCAGAAGAAGCAACGGCAGCGCUUCCCUAUGCACCGCCAGUUUCAGAGCAGAGCGUCCCGGAGAAGAUCGACCUUGUUCCCGUCUCGGCCGACAAGCUGACCGGCCGGGUUCACAACCAACCUGGCGUUCCAGCAUCUGAAAAGGUAGCAGAGAAGGCACGGAUGAUGGGCUGGAGCCUCAAGCCUGGGGCCAGCGAAGACUUCGACCUGAACCUCGGGGAUGCGGCGUCUCGAAACGGUUCAACGCUGGGAUCUGUCCUCGAUCAUGGAGUCACUCGCUACAAGGACCUGGUUGAUUUGACUCCACAAGACUACCGUUUGCUCAACUGGCAUAUUGCCAACCUCGAAUACAGCAAUGCCGCAAACUUACACAACCUGAGUCUCGAGCUAUGGGACAUUGACGCAGGAAAUGAAUGGGAAGGAAACCACACCAUGGUCGUCGGCGGUUACCAAAGCAUUGCCCGUGGACUGCUUCAGUGCCCGACGCCCCUCGACUUGUCUACAAAGUUUGCAGUAAAAGCCAUCAAGUUUGACAGCACUGGCUUUGCGGGCCCGGCAACCAUCGAAUCUGAGGACGGCGUCACCGUCUGCGCCGACAACGUCGUCUGCUCCGUGCCCCUUGGCGUCCUCAAGCAAGGGAGUAUCAACUUUGAACCAGCCUUGCCUGCCUGGAAAACUGGUGCCAUAGAACGCUUGGGAUUCGGAAUCCUGAACAAGGUUGUGCUUGUCUACGACAAGGUAUUCUGGGACUCUGAGCGACACAUCUUCGGAGUCCUGAGGGACCCCCCAGAUAGACACAGCACGUUGCAGGAAGACUAUGCCCUCAACCGUGGCCGCUUCUUCCAGUGGUUCAACGUCACCCACACCACUGGACUUCCGUGCCUCAUCGCCCUGAUGGCUGGAGAAGCUGGCUUCGAAACGGAGCGCUCCAGCAACGAGAGCCUGAUCGAGGAGGCCACCGAGAUUCUCCGCGGCGUAUUUGGAAACAAGGUUCCCUAUCCGGUCGAGUCCGUAAUCACUCGCUGGGGCUCCGAUCGGUUCGCCAGGGGAAGUUACUCGUCUGCGGCGCCGGGGAUGCAACCAGAUGACUACGACAGCAUGGCCCGACCCGUCGGCAACCUCGUUUUCGCCGGGGAGCACACCAUCGGCACGCACCCGGCCACGGUUCACGGAGCAUACCUAUCCGGGCUGCGGGCAGCUUCCGAGGUCCUGGAAAGUAUCCUCGGCCCCAUCGAGGUCCCUACGCCGCUCAUCCUGCCUAGGGACUCUCUCCUGUUGCAAAAACGCAAAGAAGCAGCAAAGGACCCCCGCCAAGCGCGCCUCGAAGCCUACGAGCUCGAAGUCUGGGACCACAUCCGGGACAAGAUUGGCGAGCGGCCCCUUCGCCCCAACAAGGUCGCGGGAAGCGCGUACCUCCUUUUCGGCAAAGCGCACCUCGAGGAAGCCCGCAGGCGCUGCGAAGAGAACCGCAAGCCGGGCAGGGCACGCAGUUUCCCCAACGAAGUCCGCAUGAUGACGUCCAAGAUGUGGAAAGAGACCCCCCCGGAGCAACGGCAGCCGUACGAGGAACAGGCUGCCGAGCAGAAGAGAGCCUACAACACGGCUCUCGAGGUGUUCAACGCAAUGGCCGAUGAAUGGGACCAGAAGGCCGUCUCCCUCCGGGCCGAGUACGAGAGUGCGCAUCCCAGCGUGCCCGGGCCGGAGGAAUUGCGUGAAGACCAAGGCACGCCCAACAAGUAUCGGCGGGCCAAGCAAGUUAGUUAUGCGGAGGGGCGUGACCCGGAUACGGGGAUGUAA